AUGACCGCACCAAGGGGCCGGCCGAGCCUGGGUGGUAAGAGUACGCCAGGCAGUACCGGCAGGGCAGGCGGCAAAAGUAGUAUUGGAGCCAAAGCACCACGACGAAGCUACGGGAGUCGGGGCGCACAGAGUCCGCCGGCAAGGAGGAAACCUCGGUAUAAGCCGGGGACGGUGGCAUUGAGAGAGAUACGCAAGUACCAGCGAAGUACGGACCUAUUAAUGGCGAAGUUGCCAUUCUCGAGACUGGUCCGCGAGAUCUCCAUGAACAUGGCACCUGUUAGCUCGGAUGUCACGCGAUGGCAAUCGCAAGCCAUCCAAGCGUUACAAGAGGCUGCCGAAGCUUUUCUGGUCCACCUGUUCGAAGACACCAACCUAUGCGCCAUCCAUGCCAAGCGGGUAACAAUCAUGCAGAAGGACAUCCAGUUAGCGCGGCGGAUACGCGGCGCCUGGGGUGGAGGUGGAUGA